UUGCUUCCCUUUGUUACACCUUGAAUCGAACUAUGGCUGCGAUCACUUCUGGCAGAGACGAUUUUGACUCCAUUUCAGAGGGUUGUUUCUUAAUCUUGCCUCAAACACAACGUGCAGGAACUCAAUCGAAAUCAACAGCCGGUCAAAAACGCAAACGAACGACGAGAAAAAUCCAAGGCAAAGUAGCGCGUCGACAUGUGGACGAACAACACCAUGUACCUUACCAAGGAUUCGAACAACUUUUCGGUAACGAAGAAUCGACUGCUUGUAUGAAAAUGCGACGAAUUGCUUUUGAAGAAGCCUGGACACAGACACAAACUAUUAUCAAUGAUAUCUUGUUGGAUAUGAAUCGAGCUGCAUUGAACAAAAUCGCAUCAUUCGUCGAGACUUCGCCAAAUAGCGCUUCUCAAGGACUCGUCCAUUUACCGUUUCAUGAGAUACCCACGGGCCUUGUUUUUGCUGGUAUCAAUACGCCAGAUCACAAUGCACAAUUCAAGCAGAUCGCAAACAAGUUAUCGGAAAACAACAGUAACUUUGUGGCGCUGUUACAAUCCAAGGACUGCAAUAACCUGAAAAAUAUGAUGAAAACGAUGAUUGAGCAGUUUUUAUCCAUUGAUGCCGAACCUUCGGGAAAGGAAAAAGAGGAUCGACAAGAAACGGAACAUGAUGAUGAAAUUAGCGAACAAGAAGAAGAUGACGUCGACGAGGAUGAACAUGAGGGGACAACAUUGUCAUCAGCACUGCUUACGGGUACUACUGCUCAGUCAGGCAAUUCAACAUUUGAAAUCAGCAGCGGUGGUGGCGGCACUAGGAUGAAGAAACGGGCAUCCAAGCUUCCUCCAUACGAUAUGCAAAUUCUGGAAGCAUGGUAUCGGCAUGUGACCAAUGUGAAGAAAAGCAACCAUCCACCACCAAACUUGGUGGUGGUAUUGCAGGAUUUAGAAUCGUUCGAAGCAAAUAUGCUCCGAGAUUUCAUUACUAUUUGCAGUGAAUAUCGACUAAAGAUCCCCAUUGUGUUUAUUAUGGGCAUUGCGACGUCAACUGAAAUCCUGCAUCAGUCUCUCACCAAGGCAACCAUUGGAUUGCUCCGUAUUGAAAAGUUCUGGCUGGAGCAGAGCGAUGUAUGGUUCAACAGAAUGCUGGAGGCGGUAUUCAUUGAAUCGGUCCAUACGCUCAAAUUCGGUGCUAGGCCAUACAAAUUCCUGCUAGAUCAUUUUUAUCUAUAUGACUUUUCCAUGGGGCGAGCCACCGCUAGCUUGAAGUAUGCGUUGAUGCAUCACUAUUAUGGCAACCCGCUCUCCAUAUUUUCGCCACUGGUAGGCAGAUCAGAAGACGACAUACGUAGCACCUUGAAGGAGUGGCACGACGCGAAGCUGCUGAACGAGCACCACAUUACAAGUCUACGUAUGCUAUCCUCUUUUCGAGCGCACGUGGAUGCAAUUGCCGAUCAAGACCCGCAGCAGGCCCUGCGACUCCUUGACGACGACAAUGACGCAUCGUAUUUGAUGACAGAAGCGCUUGCAGAGUUUAUCCUAGGCCUGAAGCGAUACCAACACGAGUUCCAGUACGGGAUCGAGCUUAUUCGGGCGCUUCAGGGCCAAUUCUCCAACAAUGUCGGUAUGAGGAAAUCCAAGCGAAUGCUGUUGCUGGCGGCGCUCGAAUCCCGGGACGGCUUGACGAGCAGUGAAAUGAUUCUGUGGCCGGCGAGUCUUGUGCGCAAGCUUGAUCCGGCCGGGCUAGACCAGCUUGUCAAGCGAAUCAGCCCCGUGGUGGAGCAGUUUGGCUAUGCAUUGCCCUGUGAUUGGAAUGAACGCCUGCAGAUGUUGUUAGGGGCCGAUGCGGCGUACCAGCAAAAGGUCGCAAAGAAGCUGGCGGGCAUGGUGUUGCCUGAUGAGGAAAGACGAAGCACGGAGACGGCGAAAAAGGUUCAGAUGGAAUCCAUGGAUCAUCUCAAGCAGGCAGGCACAGAUAAGACAAAGAUAGCGAUUGAGAUUGCGGAUUGGAUAAGCGAGACGCUAAAGGGCUGUCUGCGAUCAUAUACCACGGUGCCCAUGUACGAGUUGGUAUACUAUACGAGUGCUAAGCUGCACGAAAAGUCGUUCUCUGCACAACCCCGGGCCGCUAUGCAAACGGGGCUUGGACAAUCUUACCAUUACCUGAAUUGCGCGUGCUGUUCGGGCAAAACCAAGCAUCAGAUUUCGCCGUCAGAGCACGACACGUGCAUUUUGUACAAACUGUACCUGGAGUGCGGCCGAAUGAUUAACCUGUUUGACUGGUUCGUUGCCUUUGGCUAUGUCCUUGAACGAGAGAAACGAAGCAACAACAAGAGCAAAUCAUUGAGUGAGAAAGAAGUGCAGGCACGCUUCGUCCGAUCAGUAGCAGAGCUUCAAUUUCUAGGCUUUAUUAAGCCGACUCAGCGGAAAACCGAUCAUGUUCAACGAUUAACGUGGUCCAAUGUGUAAAUACGAUUCAUUUUAAACUUUGGCGGGUCAAAUAAUAAUAAAAAACAGGUGUUCCCAGACAUUGGCACACAGAGAAC